AUGCUCUCUCCCGAUGGAAUUGACGCACAUUAUGGCGAAAAUGCUACCGCUACAUCUGGCGAAGGUGGCAUCGACGCGGAUCUGGUGACUGAUGUGAUUCAAGUUGGGGAUAUCCUCGUCGGAGGCGCUCAUUUUGGAGUAGCACAUCAGAUGGACGGUAAAUUCCUCGGAAAUGGUGAUUAUAUCGGUCUCCUGGGACUUGCGAACACACUCCAAGAGGCUGUCAAGCCAGGUCAACCAAAGUAUCCCACUUUUGUCGAGUCACUGGUCGGAGCUGGCGCCAUCGCUUCGCGCGUCUUCAGUCUCUAUCUCAACGAAGUGAGCAGUUAUGGCUCUAUUCUGUUUGGUGGUGUCGAUACUGAAAAAUACACGGGUGACCUCAUGACCCUGAACUUUCGCCCCUCGGUGCUCUCCACGGGUGAGAAGUUGGUUUCAUAUAGCUUCAUGCGCAUGGAGGAAGUGUCCAUGACACUUGAAGACGGCACACAGACUGCGCUCAUCGAGUCCAGCGGGCCGGAGCUGAAUGUUAUCCCUGACUCCGGAACAUCAACCUGGAACAUUCCAACAGACGUGUACAACACAGUCGUCAACUUGACCGGCGUCACAGUAUCAGGCUCCAACGCAGUCCUGCCCUGCAGCCAGAUUUCGAACAAGACAACCUUCACCUAUACCUUCUCCGGCAAAGGAGAGAACAAGGUCAAGCUAGAAGUCCCACUCUCUUCAUUUUUCAUCCCUGCAUCAAGGGCCGAUGGCAAAGGAGUCGUGAAAACGGGUGGACAGGAUAUGUGUCUCUUGAUGGUCGCUCCAUCCAAUCCCAGUUCUGGAAUCUUUCUCAUGGGCGACCCCGUCUUGCGUGCCGGCUACUGGGUCUUCGACAUGGACAACGGACAAAUCUCCAUUGCGCAAGCACGUCUCUCGUCCACCUCCUCCAACAUCGUCGCCGUGGAAGCUGGUCCCCACGGCGUCAUGAACGCAACACAUCAACCCAGCGGUCUUGCUGCCAAUCAGACUGAGCAGGUCGCCAAGACUGCCACUGCAUCGGUAAGCUUUUCGCUGUCGACUGCGGCUAGUGCUGUGGGACAGACAUCUGGUCCUCAGUCUACCGUUCUGAGUGGCGUUGCUGCUGGUUCGAUGCUCGAUGUCACUGCCAUGAUGUCUUUGACUAGUACCCUAUUGUUGUCUGUCACUUUUGGCGCUUUCUUGUUGUAG